AUGUCAGACUCGACGACUUUUUUGGAAGAACUUGAGGGUGAGGGUGUGCCGUCGUCUGUGGCGGAUGUUGUGGCGGCAAUUGCAGAGGCGUGCCGCGAGAUAUCAAUAGAUCUUCGUACAGACACCGUGAGGGCGGUGGGGGCGAAUAACAGUUUUGGUGACGAGGUGCUUUCGGUGGAUGAUAUGGCAGAAAAACACAUCUCGUCAUGCCUCACUGGCUGCCGCCAUGUUUUGGCGUUUGUCUCAGAGGAGCGACCGACGCUCACUUCGACACCGCACUUGGGGCGGGGCAUGUACACGGUCUCCUAUGACCCGCUGGAUGGCAGCAGCAUCAUCGCGACGAAUUUUUCUGUCGGUUCGAUCUUUGCUCUCUGGCCUGGUGCCACGCCGAUUGGGCUGCGCGUGCGUGAUAUGGUGGCGAGUGUUGUGGCGGUAUACGGCCCGCGGACUGUGCUUUUUGUGUCGUUGCGUCCGGUGGGUGUGGUGGAGUUUUAUUACCAUGGAGACCGCUGGACCCGUGUGCAAAAUGGAGUCCCGCGCACUCUCAAGUCAAGAGCGACUUUAUUUGCCCCCGGGAAUCUUCGCGCGGUGAUGUACCUGCCGUGGUAUAAGGAACUUGUCACGUCGUAUAUGAACAGCGGGGCGACGCUGCGCUACACGGGGGGAAUGGUGGCCGACGUGUGUCAGAUCAUCGUGAAGGGCGAUGGUAUCUACAUGACUCCGGAGAGCCCACACCACAAGGUAAAACUCCGGCUGCUUUUUGAGGCAGCACCAAUGGCGUUCCUCGUGGAGUGUGCAGGUGGACGAUCCACGACAGGUACGAAGAAUAUGAUGGAUGUGCGCGUGGUAGAAAUGGAGCAGAAAACACCUAUUGCACUUGGAUGCCUGUGGGAUGUGGAAAGGUACGAGUCCAUGUGUAGUGUGUACAAAAAAGGUACUUUAACGAGUGGUAGUAAGCUCUGA